CACAAAGCCGACACUGUGGGCCCUUCUCGACCUUUCCUCCGCCAUUUUUUCUACACUUCACCCUUCUCCACUCUACGUGACCUCAACUGCAAGCAACCGGCCAAACCCUCCUUCAGUUCCGCUCCUCCUCUUUCAUGCCUGCCUUCAUAAUUCUCUGAUUUCGUCGUUGAUUCUGCGGAUUUCGAUGAGAGCUGCGGUUCAAUUUUGCGCCAGUGGCGGACUGGUUUCGGCGGCGUCGGAAGGGGAGGGUAGUGUGGUGAUGUCAUCUGAGGAGUCUUCGACGUAUCCGGAUAGCUCUGGUUUGGAUUUGGGGCUGGGAUUGAGUCUAGGGUGUGGGGAUGGUGGGAAGGGUAAGAUAAAGAUGGCGGCGGCGGUGAUCGGCGGAGAUUCUUUGGAGCAGUAUGAGAGGAUGUUGACUGUUGAGGGUUUUAAGUCCUUGAUGCGUGAUAGAGCUUCGUCGUUGUCGUCGGAAUCAUCUUCGUCCUCUUCUUUUAAUAAAGUUAAUAAUAAUGGCUGUUGUGGCACCAAAAGAGCUGCUGCGUCACCUUCCUCGCCUCCAGGUCGAUCAUCGGUUAGUCAGGUUGUCGGAUGGCCCCCAGUCAGAACAGCAUACAGAAUGAGCAGCCUGGUGAAUCAUGCCAAAUCACCAGUCACUAAAGAUUUUUUCUCAGCUGUUAAAACCAGGACUGAUUCCAAUCACAAUGGCAACACAAAUGACACUGUUAAGAAGGAAAAAAGGCCUCAUAAAACUUCUUUGUUUGUAAAGGUAAACAUGGAUGGGAUCCCAAUUGGAAGAAAAGUGGACCUGAGUGCUCAUAGGAAUUAUGAGACUCUAGUUCAUGCACUGGAUGACAUGUUUAAACUCAGCACAGCAAUGGGGUCAAGACGAUCCCAUAUGGCAGAGCAUGCUGUUUUGUCUGGUCGAAGACAAUCUUUAAAUUUGUUGGAUGGCUCAUUCGACUUUGUGCUAACCUAUGAAGAUAAAGAUGGAGACUGGAUGCUUGUUGGUGAUGUUCCAUGGAAUUUGUUUCUGAACUCUGUGAGGAGGCUUCAAAUCAUGAGGACAGCCAAGGCUAAUGGACUUGGAAGUCAUGGAAGAAACAGGACACAGCAACUGUAGUGAUGUAGCACGCUUCUGAAACUAGUUCUUGUAGAAGCAUAACGCUAAAGAAUCGAGACACCAUAUACCAUGUGUGAAGUUUAUGGAGCAACAAUCAGUAUGGGUUCUUGUUGCUUACAUCAAUUUGUUCCACUUCUUUAACUGACUAUACAAACACAUCUUAUACCUGUCCAAAGGAACACACUUGUGUGAAGAUGCCAAAGCUUCUUUUGUUUAUGUUUGUUGGAUAUGUAUACAUGGUAAGAGCUUUCAUUUGAUAGACACACUGUAAUUAUGGGAGUGAUUAGCUGUUCACUUUUUGGUUUUUCUGCCCUCAUAAUAUAAUCUGGAAAACAUCACAUCCUUGUUAGAAGGAAGUAGUAUAUUGUAACAAGCUGCUGGUAUGUCUACUACUAGUUUCACGUUUCAUUUAAUUAUCAUUUCGAUUUAGAAUUCUCUUGAAUGUUGUUAGAAUGUCAUCUUGAUGAUGAAUCCCUUGAUGCAAUACAGUGUAUUAGGUGUGAUUAUGGUGC